AUGGCAACAGACGCAAAAAGCCCAAUUGUAAUAGACAAUGGAAGUGGUGUUGUAAAGGCUGGAUUUGCAGGGGACGAUGCACCUCGCGCAGUCUUCCCGUCCAUCAUUGGUACUCCUCGCCACCAGGGGGUAAUGGUGGGUAUGGGACAGAAGGACUCAUAUGUUGGUGAUGAAGCCCAGAAGAAGAGAGGAAUUCUUGAGCUGAAGUAUCCCAUUGAGCAUGGCAUUGUCACCAACUGGGACUCAAUGGAGAAAAUCUGGCAUCAUACUUUCUACAAUGAGCUGAGAGUGGCUCCUGAGGAACACGCAGUUCUACUUACAGAAGCGCCUCUCAAUCCAAAGGCUAACAGAGAAAAGAUGAUUCAGAUAAUGUUCGAGACAUUCCAAGUGCCAGCAUGGUUCCUCCAGAUUCAAGCAGUUUUGAGCCUCUAUGCCUCUGGCCGCACCACCGGUAUUGUCUUUGAUUCGGGAGACGGUGUUUCUCAUGUUGUUCCCAUCUACGAAGGAUACUCUCUUCCUCAUGCGAUCAAGAGAAUCGACCUUGCGGGUAGAGACAUAACUCAAUAUCUCAAGAAGAUUCUUACAGAGUCAGGAAUAAGUAUGAAUACUUCGGCAGAGGCUGAGAUAGUCAGAGAUAUGAAGGAGAAGCUCUGCUAUGUGUCUCUUGAUUUUGAAAACGAGAUGUUGACAAAUAAUGAAGAGAAGGAGUAUGAAUUGCCUGAUGGUGUGGUUGUAAAGCUCGGAACUCAGAGAUUCAGAGCUCCUGAAAUUCUAUUUAAUCCCAGUCUUUAUGGCAUGGAAUGCAAGGGCAUCCAGCAUGCAAUCUAUGAUUCAAUACUAAACUGCGAUGUUGAUAUCCGAAAGGAUCUCUACGGCUCCAUUGUCUUGAGUGGUGGCUCCACUGUGUUCCCUAACAUGGCCGAGAGAAUCCAGAAUGAGAUUACCAAGUUUGCCUCGUCUUCUAUGCGUGUUAAGGUCGUGGCACCUGCUGAGAGAAAGUACUCUGUUUGGAUCGGAGGAUCCAUCCUUGCUUCGCUUUCUACCUUCCAGCAAAUGUGGGUGACCAAGGAGGAGUAUACUGAGCAUGGACCAUCUGUUGUUCAUAGGAAGUGUUUCUAA